AUGGUCGCAUUCUCCUGCUCGCCAGAUUGGCUUCCCGACGACCCAUUGAUAGAAAAUAAGACACCGAAAACUGCGAGACACAUAUCCAAGAUGCCGGCUGAGGAUUUCAUAGUAUUAACUUUUCACUGGGUCAUACAUUAUCUAUCUAUCUAUCUAUCUAUCUAUCUAUCUAUCUAUCUAUCUAUCUAUCUCAGUCCUAGAAUUUUCUUUCUUACUUUCAUUCUUUCUUUCUUUCUUUCUUUCUUUCUUUCUUUCUUUCUUUCUUUCUUUCUUUCUUUCUUUACCCCCAAGUCCUUGUAUAUUGUUUCUUUGUUUUUCUUCCAGAUCUAUCUAUCUAUCUAUCUAUCUAUCUAUCUAUCUAUCUAUCUAUCCCAGUCCGCUCAUUAUAUAUCUAUUCAUUAUUUAUCUUUCUUUCUUUCUUUCUUUCUUUCUUUCUUUUUUAUUAUAUUCAUUUACUUUUUUUCUAUCUAUCUAUCUAUCUAUCUAUCUAUCUAUCUAUCUAUCUAUCUAUCAAUCCGAUUCUUUCUUUCUUUCUUUCUUUUUCUUUCUUUCUUUCUUUCUUUCUUUCUUUUUUCUUUCUUUCUUUCUUUCUUUCUUUAUUUCUUUCUUUACCCCUCCUCAAGUCCUUAUAUAUUGUUUCUUUGUUGUUUUUUCUUUCCAUGUUUAUCUAUCUAUCUAUCUAUCUAUCUAUCUAUCUAUCUAUCUAUCUAUCUAUCUGAUUCUUUAAAUAUUUUAUCAUUCUUUCUUUCUUUCUUUCUUUCUUUCUUUCUUUACCCCUCCUCAAGUUCUUAUAUACUGUUUCUUUGUUGUUUUUUCUUUCCAUGUUUAUCUAUCUAUCUAUCUAUCUAUCUAUCUAUCUAUCUAUCUAUCUAUCUAUCUAUCUAA